AUGCUCCUCAUCCGGCCUCGUUUUGGUGAUGCUGCCGCCGGCGCUGUCGUGUCGACAACUUCCCCGUCGUAUGCGGCCGCGCCACUGCUGCUGCUGCUGCUGCUGCUCACCCCGAGCGCGGGCAGGUACAGAGGCGAUGGCGGCCUGGCGGUGCCGGCCUGCACGGUUUCCAGCACUCAACACGAGGCCCGGCCCAUUGACGACAAAGACGCCGCCGCAGAAGCGGCCGUCCAGAUCCUCCCUCACGCUGCGCAGGACGCCGAUGCGGGCAAAAGGGUCUCGCGCGUGCGCAAAGUGCUCAAUGUGCGGGCCGGGGCGGCGCGCGACGGCCGCCUCGGAGGCCGCGGCGGUGGCGUGGGGUCCUACUACUGCUGGUGGUGGUGGUGGUGGUGGUGUUCCGGGGCUCAGGAGGGCCGGGAAGGCGGCGCCCGAGGCCUCGGCGGCGCCCCUGCCGUCGCCCAGCGGGAGGACGAACUCUGCGGCGGCGGCGCCAAAGGUGUACACCUCCAGCUUGGAGAGCUUGUCCGGGGGCAGGUCGGCGCAGAGGCGGGAGAGGACGCGCGAGGUCUGGAUGGCGCCUGUGUUGUGGGCCAGGACGACGACCUUGUUGGCCUUGUUGUCCUGCAGCGCCGAGCGGAUGGUGUUGUAGAGGAUCGUGUCGGGCGACAGGGCCGGGAUGGCUCGGGUGAGUGGGAGGAGGACGAGGUCCAGCGGGAGCCCGUAGGUUCUGGGCAGGAGGGCGGUGAUGGGCCGGUUGAAGAGGCGGGCGAGGAGGGGGAGGGUGGUGGUUUUUGUCGCGCGUGGGCUGUGCCAUAUGCUGCUCCUGGGGGCCCUACCCGCCGACUCGGGCUGUGCAGGCCGCGGCUGGCAGUAGACGGACUCUCCGGCGUUGAGCAGCCGCGCGAUCCCCCAGACCACGCCGAGCAUUGGAAGCAGCCAACCAGCGAAGAAGAUGCCAGGGAGGAACAGCCACAUCGGCGUGGCAAAGAAAAUCACGUUGAGCUCAACGGCCGACAGGGCCAGCUGCAGAACCAGGUCGGCAAGCUCGCCCCACCGGGAGGCUGCAUCCUCCUCAGAGAUGCCGGCACCGUCGUGGGUGAACAGGCCCUCCCAUGCAGAAAGCGCGAGCUCGGGCAGCAGCUUGGCCAGAGAAAAGGCGUCGCUGCGAAGGCUUUGCGACAAGGACUGCUUCUGCGCACGAGGGACGGUGCCGCUGGCGCCGUCGAUCAGCGGCGGGAUGAGCUUGAUAAUGCGGCUGUAAUUCCAAGACAUCAAGGUCGUCUCGCCUCAUACCAGCACUAA